AUGUGUGAUAGUGGAGAUAUUGAGGAGAAGCCGCCUGCCCCUCCCCUGAGAAUGAACAGUGGUUCCCGUGAGUCUUCCUCCGUUCAUCACAGUUCCAAACCGCUCCCAAUGGCUCCAGAAGAGAAGAAUAAGAAAGCCCGCCUCAGAUCCAUCUUCCCCGGAGGAGACAAGACGAAUAAGAAGAAGGAGAAAGAGCGCCCUGAGAUCUCCCUGCCCUCUGACUUUGAGCACACCAUCCAUGUUGGCUUUGACGCAGUCACGGGGGAGUUUACUGUAAGUUCACACAGAACAGCUGUCUUGCUGUUACAGUGUGCAUUUGGUAUACCGGAGCAGUGGGCCCGGCUUCUGCAGACGUCUAACAUCACAAAGCUGGAACAGAAGAAGAAUCCUCAGGCUGUCAUAGACGUGCUCAAGUUCUACGACUCCAAAGAGACAGUCAACAACCAGAAAUAUAUGAGCUUCACAUCCGGGGACAAGUCUGCUCAUGGAUACAUUGCAGCCAACACUCUGGGUACGAAAACGGCGUCUGAACCGCCCAUAGCUCCACCUGUGUCUGAGGAGGAGGAUGAGGAGGAGGAGGAAGAUGAUGAAGAUGAUGACGAUGAUGAUGAUGAGCUGCCUCCUGUUAUUGCCCCAAGACCAGAGCACACCAAAUCUAUCUUCACCCGCUCUGUGAUCGAGCCUGCUGCCCCCCCUGCUGCCCCCCCUGCUCCUGUCAAAGAGGUCACCACCCCACAGGAGACCCAGGUUCAGCCGGAGAACACAUCCAGCGCGCUGUACCGCCACACAGACCGGCAAAAGAAGAAAUCUAAACUCACAGACGAGGAGAUACUAGAGAGACUCAGGAGCAUUGUCAGUGUUGGAGACCCUAAGAAAAAAUACACACGCUUUGAGAAAAUAGGACAAGGGGCGUCUGGUACGGUGUACACUGCCAUUGAUAUAGCCACGGGACAGGAGGUGGCAAUUAAGCAGAUGAAUCUGCAGCAGCAGCCGAAGAAAGAGCUGAUCAUUAACGAGAUUCUGGUAAUGAGGGAAAACAAAAACCCAAACAUCGUCAACUACCUAGACAGUUAUCUGGUGGGAGAUGAACUGUGGGUUGUUAUGGAGUAUCUGGCUGGAGGUUCUCUCACUGAUGUGGUCACAGAGACCUGCAUGGAUGAGGGACAGAUUGCAGCUGUCUGCAGAGAGUGUUUGCAGGCUCUGGACUUCCUGCACUCUAACCAGGUCAUCCACAGAGACAUCAAGAGUGACAACAUUCUACUGGGCAUGGAUGGUUCUGUCAAACUCACUGAUUUUGGGUUCUGUGCCCAGAUCACACCAGAACAGAACAAACGCAGCACUAUGGUGGGCACGCCCUACUGGAUGGCCCCAGAGGUGGUGACCCGGAAAGCCUACGGUCCUAAAGUGGACAUCUGGUCUCUGGGAAUUAUGGCCAUUGAGAUGGUGGAGGGAGAACCACCAUAUCUGAACGAAAACCCACUCAGGGCGCUGUAUCUGAUCGCCACCAACGGCACUCCAGAGCUGCAGAAUCCCGAGCGCUUGUCGUCCGUAUUCCGAGAUUUCCUCAACCGCUGCCUGGAGAUGGAUGUGGACCGCAGGGGAUCUGCCAAGGAGCUCUUACAGCACUCGUUUCUCAAGCUGGCCAAGCCCCUGUCCAGCCUCACUCCUCUGAUUGUAGCCGCCAAGGAAGCCAUCAAGAACAGCAGCCGCUAG